UGUUUUUUUUCUUAUUCCAACAGAGUGGCUUUAUCAGAAAAAAGCAAUAAGCUAGCUGACAAUAUUAGCUCGUAAUGAGCAUAAAGUCAUUGCGAAUAGGCCAUAAAACCAGAAUUAGUUUGUACACCACGAGCGAAAAAAAAAAAAAAUAAACAGAUUUUACCAUAAUUUUUUUCUUUUUUAAGAGACUUAAGUGGUGAAUUUAUCGCACAGCCAGGUGUAGGUAUGUACCACUGUGGUUUGAAUAUACACUGUUAGUUGGAAUACGAUCUCGUUAGCGAGCCUCUUACCAGCAUUAAUUAAACUUUUCCUGACACCUGACGCUAUUUUAACGAUAUAAACUAGUUAAAAUUUUCAUAGCUAUUAUUUUAUGUUGAAUAUUUGAUGGCAAUGAAUGUAUUUAAAAAUAUUAUUCAAAUUUUUAUCAUUUUGAAUAAUUUUCAUUAUUUUCAGUGCCAUGAGUGCAACUUGACAGCAUGUCGACUAGAAGCUAAAAGAUUAUCUGAAUCAAUUGAAACAAUUAUUGAUCCUUGUGAUGAUUUUGUUAAAUUCGCUUGUGGUAAACAAUUUAAAAAAUUCAACGAAUAUAAUAAUAAAAAUCCAGCAAAUACUAUGAAACCAACGACAUAUCGUCUUCAAUUAUUUUACAUGAGAAAUAUAUUAAAAGAAAAAUUAAAUGAAGACAGUGUAUAUGAGGAUAAACGACCAAUUCAACUUGCAAAACAAUUUUGGCAAAAUUGCAAAAUUACAAGUCAAGAUGAAGCAAUCACAGCAACUCAUUUAUUAUUAAAAAGACUCGGUGGAUGGCCGACAAUCACUGAUUCUUGGAAUAGCAGCCACUUCACUUGGGUAAAAUUUAGUAAAUGUUCACGUCGUCUUGGAUUUUUGCCAAGUGUCUUUAUUCAUAUUGGACUCAAUGUCGACGAGAUUCACAAACCGUGGAGUCCAAAUGACACUAUAAAACUUACUAUUGAGAGACCAAUUUUUGCAAAUAAUUCCAAAGAACAAAAAGCAUUGUAUAUAAAAAUUGCAAAAUUAUUAUCUCAUUCAAAGUCACCAAAAAUAAAUGAAAUAAAUGAUGCACUUAAUUUUAGAAAAAAAAUACACCAGUUAAAAUGUCUAGAUGAUGAAAAAAUGAAUGAAAUUACAAUUGAAGAAUUACUACAAUUGUAUCCAAAUGUCGAUUGGAUUGAUUAUCUUGAAACAAUUGUUAAUCAUCGUCAAAGUAAUUAUUUAUCUAGCCAAUAUCGUUUGCUUGUUAAUACAUGUUAUUUAACUGCGUUGGAAAAAUUAAUAAAAUCAACUGAUAAAAGAGUUCAAGCAAAUUAUGCAUUUUUAGGAAUAAUCGAUGAUUUAUUUCGAAUAAUAAGACCACAACUGGCUCUUGCAUUUGCCUCAAGUACAUCAGAAGUUCAAGAUAUUUGCUUUGAUGCAACUUCAGCAAUAUUUGGAUCAGCUUUGGAUAUGCUAACUGCUCAACUUGUUGAUGAAGGUACUUUACGAAUAUUGAAUGAAUUAGAAAAUAAUAUAAUUGAAGAAACUUAUGAAAUGGUACAUCACAUACCAUGGAUUGAUCAUCAAACUCAAAUGUAUACGGAUAUGAAUCGUAGAAAAUUAUCAAUCGUUAAUCUUUAUUUAGUUGAAAUAUUUAAUGAUGACUACUUUGAUAGACUUGAUUUAACACAGCCAACUGCAAUUCUUGUAUUAUUUCGGGAAGUUAAUACUUUCUUGUUGGAUAAGUAUUAUUUACAACUUGAAAAUUCACGAACACGUUAUACAUUACAAAAUGAUAUUGCAUAUUUUUCAUUGCCAUUUUCACCUGGUGAGAUAAGUGUUAGAUCAGAUUUAACAACAAAUAAAAUUUAUGUACCAGCUGGAUCGAUUCUUACUGGUAAAUUACUGAUAAUACCAGAGUUAGAUUUUCUGAAUUAUGGUGUGCUUGGACUGGAGAUUGCUGCUGGAUUGGCUGAUCACAUUUAUCAAAAAGGCUCAUAUACAAAUGAAAAUGGAAGUGAGAUAACUGAUACAUCGUGGUCGAGAUCAGCAGACCAACAAUUUAUGAAACAACAAUCGUGUCAUAUGAUCAGUAGUAAUAUGAAGAUCAAAAAGAAUUAUGAACAACUAUUUCGUACUCUUUGGGCAACUGAAAUUUCUUACAAAGCUGCAUUUGAAUUUUGUGCUUCACAUCUUUGUUUAACAACUCUUCCAGGCUUAAAUUAUUCAGCUCGACAAUUAUUUUGGCUUAAUGCUGUUGCUUCUGAUUGUGAUGAAAAUUUAAAAUUACGUUAUAAUACAAUGGUUUCACAAAAUAAACAUUUUUCAAAAGAUUUUAAUUGUCCAUUAGGAUCAAAAAUGAAUCCAACAGAUAAAUGUCGAAUUUUUUAUAAAUAAAAACAACAACUUUAUUAUUUACUGUACAUCGUUAUAAUAAUAAUAAUAAUAAUCUAAUAGCAAUAAG